AUGAAAUACACCUUCCUCUCCAUCCUCGGCGCCGCCACUCUCGCCACGGCCACCCGCCUCCCGCACGCCGCGCGCGCCGACACCCUCCUGUACCCCUACAGUACGUACCGCUACUGGGUGCAGAGCGGCGACUUCAAAGAAGACCCGCAAGACCAGGUCCUGGUCCUGAAGAACGGCAACCAAGCCGAAGAGACGACCACCAUCGUGACAUUCGACAUCUCUCCGGACCUCGAGGGUAAACGAUGCAAGCUCCUCUUUGACCUGCAGGAGCGGGACCUCGCGACCGGCUCGAAGCAGGCCGACGUGUUUACCGCGACGAAGCCGACCGGCGCGCAGGCCAAGAAGGAGGGCGAAGUCAGCACGCAGGCUGUCGCGGCCGCCUCGAAGGAGGUUGCCAAGGUGAUUGUGCAGUUGCGCGACGAGCACGCCGGACGCAUCAAGGUCGCUGCACCUGGCGUGGCCGAGUGGGUGAUGUCCUACGAUGGAUAUCCCGAGUUUGAUUGCCCGGCUGGAAAGUUGGCUGGGUUUGAGUUCGUCGGUGUCAAUGACCAGGUGGCGAUUCGCUGGGAUAUCGGAGUUACUGGACCCCGUGUGCAGGUUCUCUAG